CGCUUGCGCGCAGCGGGCUCCCGGAGCGGGCGGCGAGGCGAUGGCGGCCAUGGGGGCGAUGGCGGCCAUGGGGACGCUGCCGGCGGGCGUGGGGGCCCUGCCGCCGCUGCCGACGCUGGGGGUGCCGGGCGUGCCCGAGCUGAAGCCGCUGACGCGGUACGAGGCGAUGCGCCUGGGCCCGGGCUGGAGCCACUCCUGCCACGCCAUGCUGUACGCGCCCAACCCGGGCAUGCUCUUCGGCCGCAUCCCGCUGCGCUACGCCGUGCUGAUGCAGAUGCGAUUUGACGGACUGCUGGGCUUUCCCGGGGGGUUCGUGGAUCGCCGUUACUGGUCCCUGGAGGACGGUCUGAAUCGGGUGCUGGGCUUGGGUUUGGGCUGUGUGCGCCUGACGGAAGCUGACUAUCUGUGCUCGCACCUGACAGAGGGGCCACAUCGCGUGGUGGCACACUUCUACGCCAGGCAGCUGACCCUGGAGGAGCUGCAUACCAUCGAGAUCAGCGCGGUGCAUUCCCGAGACCACGGGCUGGAGGUGAUGGGCAUGGUCCGCGUCCCCCUCUACACCCAGAAGGACCGCAUGGGCGGGCUGCCCAACUUCCUGGGCAACUCCUUCGUUGGAACCGCCAAAUUCCAGCUGCUCUUUGCCCUGAAGAUCUUGAACAUGGUGCCGGAGGAGAAGCUGGCCGAGGCUGUGGCUGCCACGCAGAAGCCGAAGAAGCCGGCCAUCGACCAGGCAUCAGGGGUGACAGGAAACCUGCCUGCCGCUAAGCCGGCGAAUGAGCUGGCGGUGCCCGCUAAAACAGGCAACGAAUUGGCAGAUAGGGCAGAGAACCAGGCAGCUGCGCAGGCAGCGGUCGAGGCAGCAGAGCAGCCGGUGGCUGGGCUGGAGAGCGGGGCCAUAGUGGAGCAGCUGGCGGCUGUGCCAGCGGCCGAGGCGGUGGAGCAGCCGGCGGGGCUGGGGGCAGACGCUGUGGCAGAGCAGCCGGUGGCUGAGCCGAUGGAGUGACGCCGCCAUGUUUGCACUUGAUUAAAAGUGGGUGAGACUAGAGACUUUCUUCUAACUUUCCGACCCGUCGCUGGCUGCAGUUGCUGCCCACGUGAUUCCACUGCCCAGCUGGGAGGGUUUGGGUUUGUCUGAAGCAGGGGAAAGCUAUGUAUUUUUAUGGCCAUUAAACUCUAGCGAGCUUCCCAGAUCAACCUGCACAGCGCCCUGCAGAGAGUUCAUGUGCUUACGUGAGGGUGCCGAAGCCUUAGAAUUAUGCUUUGAUUUCAGGGACGCACUGCUGCUGUCAGGUCCCCGUUUCAUUUUUAAGGAAGAAAACAUCUUAUUUUUUAAAUGCCCUGUGUUGACUUGGAUGCAGCUGUGUGGGCAGUGGACACAGCUGAGGGACGGGGCUGCUGGUCAAGCACCUCUGCCAGCGUCGGUGGAAUGGCUCCCCUCUGCCGGCGGCGGUGCGGCCGGGCUCCCGCUCAGGGUGCUGGUGUGGCAGGAUGGCGUGCACCGUGAAUUCCCUCUGGGGCGUGGGGGAGUGCUCAUGUGGGUUUCUACCUGGAGAUCUGUGGGAGCAGGAAAGCGGAAUAAAUGGCUUUGCUGAA